AUUAGAUGGUCUGUUUUUUCUUUUUCGUCUCCAUGUUCCUUGAGCCAUCCAGAAGCACACAAACAGGUCGUAAAGUUGCUUAGUCCAUGGAAAACAGGAAUUCAUUAACUACAGGCCAUUGCACAUGUAUUAACAUUAAAGGUUAGGUUAUAACUUAAGCCACGAUUUAAAGUCUUCAUCAACCUGCUGAAUUACCCACACUACCUUGUAUUAGCUUCGGAAAAACACCCAUACCCCUUAACUGAGUUAUCAGGCCAGAAGGCACUAGUCAAGAUCCAGACUAUCAUUACAGGUUUUCCAAAGCUUAAAUCCAAUCGUCCCCGGCGUCCCGGAACCAAAACUCAGAGGCCUCGACUUCCGGGGAGUGGGGGACCGGAGUGUGUUAGGACGACUCGAUUACUUCGGACUUGCGGAGGCCUAUCAGGCGAGGACUCCGCGCCCAAAGCCAGUGCUCAGUCUACAACUUCGCUUGAGAGGCGGGCGAGGCCGCUGGACUCCAGGGAUCGCUCUGGGUCCGCUCCAAAGGAGCAAAGCCGACCGCAGCUUCUGCCAUGGUUGGGCCCGCCGCGCUGCGUGCUCUGCGCAAGAACAAGACCCUUCGCUACGGAGUCCCCAUGUUGUUGCUGGUUGUUGGAGGUUCCUUCGGGCUGCGUGAAUUUUCACAGAUUCGAUAUGAUGCCGUGAAGAUUAAGGUUGAUCCCGAAUUGGAAAAAAAAUUGAAAGGAAAUAAAAUAACUUUAGAGUCAGAAUAUGAGAAAAUAAAGGACUCCACUUUUGAAGACUGGAAGAAUAUUCGAGGCCCGAGGCCCUGGGAAGAUCCUGAACUCCUCCAAGGACAAAACCCAGAAACUCUUAAGCCUAAGGCAGCCUGACUGUGCUCAGCUUUUCAAUAAAAUGUCCUCACCUGGCCCUGUACUCCACUAGGAAGAAGAUCCCAGACCUGUACAGACUUGGAUGUGAGUAAUGUAAUGGCAGAAUGUUUCGAUUAAAAAGUCAAAUGUGAGUCUUUAUGCUUCCCGGUCAGUCUGAUUGCAGACGAAAGGAGCAGUGUUGAACACGCACACGCACACGCACACACACACACACACACACGCACCCCCUAGUGAAAAUGUGACCACCAUACGAGCCAUAACUCCUGCCACCAUAACGAGCCACACAUCCUCCCUCGCUACCAAUCACUAGUACAUUUUGCUACAUCAUUUUGGAUUCUGAUGAAAAUCAAAGGCUAAGACCCAAAUUUUCCCAAUAAAAUUGUGACUUUAUGUUAAAAUGAUAAGUGGUCAUAAUCUAGUAAUGGUCUGUCUUUUAUUCCUAACACGUCAUAAAGCAGCUUCUGAAACCAUUGAGCCGAUUAAGGAAAUUGUAUCAUUUACUGAAUCCAUGUGCAAGUGCAGUGCAUGCCGGUAGGAAGAUAUGCCACGUUCGUGGAGGUUAUCAGAUGCCUGCGGCUUGGGCUGGAAGUGGUUCUAGUUUGCCUGUGAGAUAUGCUGUGGUCAGAUUCCUCAGCGAAGUGGGAGGGAAGGCAGGGUUUGUUCUUAAACCAACAGCUCAUUUUCCCCUUUCACCUCUGCUUAGGCAGGCCCAGCCCUCCACCCCGUGUGGUUUUAAUGCUGAACUCUACAUACCUCAAGUUUCAGCUGCGAUAGCCCCACUAUCACUGCUUCUCAAAAUAAUAAAACACCCUACUUUUCCCUCUACCAGGCUUCUAGUUUGUUCCAACAGAUUAGUUUUAGUAAUCUUAGAAUGAUAUUUAGUGGAUAAUGACAAACUGAUUUCAAAGUUACUGUCUUAGUUACU